ACCAGACGCUGACAGCUACUCAGAACCAAAUCUGGUUCCAUCCAGAGACAAGCGAAGACAAGAGAAGCAGAGCGAGCGGCGCGUUCCCGAUCCUCGGCCAGGACCAGCCUUCCCCAGAGCAUCCCUGCCGCGGAGCGCAACCUUCCCAGGAGCAUCCCUGCCGCGGAGCGCAACUUUCCCCGGAGCAUCCACGCCGCGGAGCGCAGCCUUCCAGAAGCAGAGCGCGGCGCCAUGGCCAAGAACACGGCGAUCGGCAUCGACCUGGGCACCACCUACUCGUGCGUGGGCGUGUUCCAGCACGGCAAGGUGGAGAUCAUCGCCAACGACCAGGGCAACCGCACGACCCCCAGCUACGUGGCCUUCACCGACACCGAGCGCCUCAUCGGAGACGCCGCCAAGAACCAGGUGGCGCUGAACCCGCAGAACACCGUGUUCGACGCGAAGCGGCUGAUCGGCCGCAAGUUCGGCGAUGCGGUGGUGCAGUCCGACAUGAAGCACUGGCCCUUCCAGGUGGUGAACGACGGCGACAAGCCCAAGGUGCAGGUGAACUACAAGGGCGAGAGCCGGUCGUUCUUCCCGGAGGAGAUCUCGUCCAUGGUGCUGACGAAGAUGAAGGAGAUCGCUGAGGCGUACCUGGGCCACCCGGUGACCAACGCGGUGAUCACGGUGCCCGCCUACUUCAACGACUCUCAGCGGCAGGCCACCAAGGACGCGGGCGUGAUCGCCGGUCUAAACGUGCUGCGGAUCAUCAACGAGCCCACGGCGGCCGCCAUCGCCUACGGGCUGGACCGGACCGGCAAGGGCGAGCGCAACGUGCUCAUCUUCGACCUGGGGGGCGGCACGUUCGACGUGUCCAUCCUGACGAUCGACGACGGCAUCUUCGAGGUGAAGGCCACGGCGGGCGACACGCACCUGGGAGGGGAGGACUUCGACAACCGGCUGGUGAGCCACUUCGUGGAGGAGUUCAAGAGGAAGCACAAGAAGGACAUCAGCCAGAACAAGCGCGCGGUGCGGCGGCUGCGCACUGCGUGUGAGAGGGCCAAGAGGACGCUGUCGUCCAGCACCCAGGCCAGCCUGGAGAUCGACUCUCUGUUCGAGGGCAUCGACUUCUACACAUCCAUCACGCGGGCGCGGUUCGAAGAGCUGUGCUCAGACCUGUUCCGCGGCACGCUGGAGCCCGUGGAGAAGGCCCUGCGCGACGCCAAGAUGGACAAGGCGCAGAUCCACGACCUGGUGCUGGUGGGCGGCUCGACGCGCAUCCCCAAGGUGCAGAAGCUGCUGCAGGACUUCUUCAACGGGCGCGACCUGAACAAGAGCAUCAACCCGGACGAGGCGGUGGCCUACGGGGCGGCGGUGCAGGCGGCCAUCCUGAUGGGGGACAAGUCGGAGAACGUGCAGGACCUGCUGCUGCUGGACGUGGCGCCGCUGUCGCUGGGCCUGGAGACUGCGGGCGGCGUGAUGACGGCGCUCAUCAAGCGCAACUCCACCAUCCCCACCAAGCAGACGCAGACCUUCACCACCUACUCGGACAACCAGCCCGGGGUGCUGAUCCAGGUGUACGAGGGCGAGAGGGCCAUGACGCGCGACAACAACCUGCUGGGGCGCUUCGAACUGAGCGGCAUCCCGCCGGCGCCCAGGGGCGUGCCACAGAUCGAGGUGACCUUCGACAUCGACGCCAACGGCAUCCUGAACGUCACGGCCACCGACAAGAGCACCGGCAAGGCCAACAAGAUCACCAUCACCAACGACAAGGGCCGCCUGAGCAAGGAGGAGAUCGAGCGCAUGGUGCAGGAGGCCGAGCGCUACAAGGCCGAGGACGAGGUGCAGCGCGACAGGGUGGCCGCCAAGAACGCGCUCGAAUCCUAUGCCUUCAACAUGAAGAGCGCCGUGGAGGACGAGGGUCUCAAGGGCAAGCUCAGCGAGGCUGACAAGAAGAAGGUGCUGGACAAGUGCCAGGAGGUCAUCUCCUGGCUGGACUCCAACACGCUGGCCGACAAGGAGGAGUUCGUGCACAAGCGGGAGGAGCUGGAGCGGGUGUGCAGCCCCAUCAUCAGUGGGCUGUACCAGGGUGCGGGUGCUCCUGGGGCUGGGGGCUUCGGGGCCCAGGCGCCCAAGGGAGCCUCUGGCUCAGGACCCACCAUCGAGGAGGUGGAUUAGAGGCCUCUGCUGGCUCUCCCGGUGCUGGCUAGGAGACAGAUAUGUGGCCUUGAGGACUGUCAUUAUUUCAAGUUUAGUACUUCACUCCUUAGUUUGUCCUGCAAUCAAGUCCUAGACUUAGGGAAACUAAACUGUCUUUCAGUUACUUUGUGUAUUGCACGUGGGCUUUAUCUUCCCUGUUAAUUAACACUGCAAGUGUGUCUUUGUAAAUAUAAAUAAAUAAGUAUAUAUAUUCUUCAAUUCAGCACUGCCCCGCUGAUGUGAUUUGUUUUGCAGGACAGCCAAAGCUAUGUAGAGAGAUAUUCUGUAUCAGAAUACACAAAGAGACAGAGAUAUGUUAUGAAAACAUCAGGAGACUGUUGAGUUCUUUGUGUUUGGACUCUCCCCUGGGCCACAUUGUUGAUACAUGCUUGUGUCGGGUCCUUCAGAGGCCAGGGCUGGAUUACUGACAGCGGAGACUCUGCUGCUUCUCCUUGCGUUUAUAAUCUUGCAUGGUGGUUGCACUGUAGGACUUGUUUCCAGGUUGGUGAACUUGGAGGUGAAGUGACAGCACCAGCAUGUGUUCAGUUUUUACACAACCAUCCUGAACUCGGGUCAAUUUUUACCGGUCAUUUGAAAAUAAACUUCAAAAUCACUUGCCA